UGAGAAUAGAAUAGAAGUCUAGUCAGACAGAGAACUAUAAAGGCUCGAAUACACGGAACAAUUUUGCAGAUCAAUUUUCAAAAUAAAAUAUUGAACUAAAAUUGAUCUAAUAUUGUUGCGUAUAUAUCGUAGAAAAAUAACAGAACGAUAAUGCCAUAAUGACGUAAAAACACUCAAAAAUUGAUCUAAUAAAAUCAAACCGGUUUGAUUUUAUUAGAUCAAUUUUUCGUCGGAACAAUAUUAUUUCAAAGGAAACCGCCAGCUGCUCACUUUUUUUCGAAACUCACGCUCGGUAUUUCAUUCAUUUCAAAUGUUUUUAUGCACGUAAAGAGAGUAAAUGAAGAGAAACGCGACUAAACAUGUCAGAUCAUUUUGUUUUACCAAGUACGUUUAGAUCGUAUCAAACCGCAAGGCAAACUGAAUUAAGAUCCUCAAUUCCUGACAAUGACAAUUCGCAGGACACGCAAAAACGGAAUAAACCAGCUGAGGAGAUUGCACAACCUGAAACAGCUGUGGUUGCAAAAAAACGUGGCAGACCUUCAAAAAAGUCAUCCGAAAAAAGAGAUUGGGAUGAUGACGAAAUCUUUGUUCUUAUUGAAACUUGGUCGAAUCACGAUAAUCUCUACAACACAAGAAACAGUCAAUAUUUUAAUCGUGAUACACGACAAAAAUCUCUUGAAAAAAUUCAGAAAGAAUUAGCAGACCAAGGUAUUUUUGCUUCAGUGAAAGAUAUUGCAGAUAAACUCACGAAUCCAAAGACAUACUAUGGUGGUCAAAAAAGAUCUGUCGAAUCUUCAAAGGCCAGUGGCGCUGGAGCUGAUGAUGUUUACGAGAGGUACAAAAGAAACAAAAGAUGACAAUAAAUUCUUGUUUACAUCAACCCUUUUGCUGCAACAUUAUCACAGCCUCGUAAUUUCUUAGUUAUUGUUAUUGCUUAGUGAAAAUCGACCAAAUUUAAAAAUUAAAUAUCUUUCUCUUUCUUAUCUUUAUGGAAUGGUACUAAUUCACUUGUUUAUUCAAAGGUCUUUCAUCCUUAUUCGGUCUACGUCAUUAAUUAGACCUGUGUCAUAUACAUAUAGCUAAACUCAACA